AUGCAGCUAGGAUUUUGUGCCCUUGAGGCAGGGUGCGCACCCCCAGAGCUGGCCCUGCAGCCCGUGCCCCCGCUGGGCGGGGCAGCCCCGCCCCUGCUCCCGCCCCGGCCCCGCCCCCGUCCGCUCCCGCACACCUGGCCCGCAGGGGUCUCUGCGCGGGAAGCCGCGCCGGCGGAAGCCAUGGACCCGGGCCCAGGAGCCGAACCCACGGGCUCCGAGGAGGCGGCGGCUCGCGAAAAGCCGCCGGCGCCCCGGCCCCGCCGCCGCCGCUCCCUGCGCCGCCUGUUCAGCCGCUUCCUGCUGGCGCUGGGCAGCCGCGCCCGGUCCGGGGACUCGCCGCCGCGGUCCCGGCGCGGAUCCUGCGAUGGAGACGGCGAGGGGGGCUUUAUUCCCUCCCAGGUCCUGGCGGCGUCCGCACCGGAGAGUCCCGGGGAGACGCGCGCGUCGGGACUCCCAGCCCAGCUCCCAGCCGGCGAUGGGGCGCGGCCGCCGGGCGCUCAGGGGCUGAAAAACCACGGCAACACCUGUUUCAUGAACGCGGUGGUGCAGUGUCUCAGCAACACCGACUUGCUGGCCGAGUUCCUGGCGCUGGGGCGCUACCGGGCGGCGCCUGGCCGCGCCGAGGUCACCGAGCAGCUGGCGGAGCUGGUGCGCGCGCUCUGGACGCGCGAAUACACGCCCCAACUUUCCGCCAAGUUCAAGAAUGCUGUUUCCAAGCAUGGCUCCCAGUUCCAAGGCAAUUCUCAGCACGACGCCCUGGAAUUCCUCCUCUGGCUGCUGGAUCGCAUGCAUGAGGACUUGGAUGGCUCUUCCCGAAGGGAGAUGGCUGAGAAGCUUCAGCCUGAAGCCAGUCAGAACUCUGAGAACAUCCUGUCUCCAACUGCUCAGCCUCCUCUAAGCCAGAGCUUUGUACAAAGUCACUUUCAAGCACAAUAUAGAUCUUCCUUGACCUGCCCUCACUGCCUGAAACAGAGCAACACCUUUGAUCCUUUCCUGUGUGUGUCACUGCCCAUCCCCUUACGCCAGACCAGAUUCUUGAGUGUCAUCUUGGUCUUUCCAUCCAAGAGCCAGCGGUUCCUGCGGGUUGGUCUGGCCGUGCCAAUUCUGGGUACAGUGGCUGCCCUGAGGAAGAUGGUGGCAGAGGAAGGCAGCGUCCCUGCAGACGAGGUGAUCUUGGUUGAACUGCAGCCCAGUGGAUUCCAUCGGUCCUUCUUUGAUGAAGAAGAUUUGACCACCAUUGCAGAGGGAGAUAAUGUGUAUGCGUUUCAUGCUCCUUCACCACCCGGCCAGGGGAAGCGCUCAGCUCACCCAUCUGGUCUGCUUGUCUCCCCACGCUUGGCAGCCCGCGAGGACCAGCAGGCGAACAAGGUGCUCAUUCUCUUCUGCAACUUGCUGGGUUCGGGGCAGCAGGCUACCAGAUUUGGGCCACCUUUCCUGAUAAGGGAAGAUAGAAGCAUUUCAUGGGCCCAGCUCCAGCAGUGUAUUGUCAGUAAAGUCGGCUGUCUCAUGAAGAGUGAGGCCCCGAAACAGAACCUGGGGUCGCUGUUCUCCAUCCGGGUAGUGGGACUCUCCCUCACCUGCAGCUACUUGUCCCCACAGGAUGGUCAGCCCCUCUGUCACUGGGCAGUCGACAGGGCUCUGCACCUCAGGAAGCUGGGUGGCCCCCCCCACAUCAAGCUGGCAGUGGAGUGGGAUAGCUGUACCAAAGAGCGGUAAGUUCAACUGACCUGUUCGGGGGCCCUCCAGGAGGAGCGGGUCCAGGAUGCAGAGAGUGUGGGGUAGCAGCAGCAGCAGGUGUACCAGUAGCCCAGCUGCACCGUGGACCAGUGCUUCCAGUUCUACACCAAGGAGGAGCAGCUGACCCAGGAUGAUACGUGGAAGUGUCCCCAUUGCAAAGUCCUCCAGCAGGGGACAGUGAAGCUAAGCCUGUGGACCCUGCCUGACAUCCUCAUCAUCCACCUCAAGAGGUUCUGCCAAGUCGGCGAGAGGAGAAACAAGCUCUCCACACUGGUGAGGUUUCCGCUCACCGGCCUCAACAUGGCCCCCCAUGUGGCCCCGAGAAGCGCUGGCCCCCGGCCCGGCCUUGGGCCCUGGCCUUCCUGGAAGCAGCCGGUGUGCCUGCCCAACGGAUACCCGCUGGACUUCCUGUACGACCUGUACGCCGUCUGCAACCACCACGGCAGCCUCCAAGGUGGGCAUUACACAGCCUACUGCCGGAACUCUGUGGACGGCCAGUGGUACAGCUACGAUGACAGCGCGGUGGAGCCGCUGCGAGAGGAUGAGGUCAACACCCGAGGGGCUUACAUUCUGUUUUAUCAGAAGCGAAACAGCAUCCCUCCCUGGUCGGCCAGCAGCUCCAUGAGAGGCUCCACCAGCUCCUCCCUGUCUGAUCACUGGCUCCUGAGGCUCAGCAGCAACAAUGGCAGCACCAGGGGAAGCAUGAGGUCCUGGAGCCCCACCCCCUCCCCCUCCCUGCCCCCCAUGCCAGACUCACUUGUCUUCACAAACAGCCACUUCCAUCAGGAAAAGGCAGGACUGGAGUCCAGGCUGUUGUCACAGGGCAUCCGAGGUCGAAGCAUCAGCAUGAAGGCACCCGCCUCCUCCCGAGCCAAGCAUGGAACCUUCAAGACCAUGCCCCUGCGGUGGUCUUUUGGAAACAGGGGGAAAGCAGGCCGAAGGGCCUCCGUGGAGCUGGUGGAAUACUUGGAGUCCAGACGGAGACCCCGAUCCACAAGUCGGUCCAUCGUCCCUCUGCUGACUGGUGCCUCAGGCGGGGAAGAGAGGCCAAUGGUACCGAACCCAAUCGCCACUGUCCACAGGGACAAUGAAGGGAGUGUGCGAGCCAGUGUGUACACCUCAGCUCACCCCAAUCACUGUCCAGUCCCUGGACAUUCAGAAGGCCUAAAUGCUGCAAGGAAAGGAAAGGAAAUCCCAAACCAGGACAUUAGACUGCCCAGGAGGUGGGACUUGCCCCUCACUGUGGCGUCCUCAGUGGAGAGUGAGAAGCCGACCCAGGCCGAAGGCCAGAAGGUCAGAAACUGCACUGCUAGGGGCCAUCUGGGAAGUGGCAGCGGUGUGUCCUUGCCCAAGGAGCCGCCCAGCACUACAGGCUUAUCUAGAUAUAGUAAGGACAGUUGCAGGAAUCCAGGCACCAAGAUGAAGGCUAAUGCUGAGGAGAGGCACUUGGAGACAGACACAUCUCAGCAGCGCACACUCACACUCCUGAGGUCCAUGUUUUUUAAGAAGGAAACCAAGAGGAGGGGUGACCAGGCAAAGGUUUCCCUCCAGGCGUCCUCAGGGGCCCUGGUGCACAGCGGACCUGGCACAGUUUCCCUGCAGGUCGGAGAGAGCCCAGCGCCAGACACUCUGGAGAGGCAUGUGCGCUCUGCGCCCAGCUCCUUCAGGCUGCCCCGGAAAGCCAGGCCCGCUCGGGCCAGCACACAGGGUGCCUCGCAGUGCAGCAUUCCUGAGGAUCAGGCUGCUCAUGGUGCUUUGCAGAGGGUCAAGUACCACACGCUCUCCUUAGCCCAUAAGAAGACAUUACCAGAGUCUAGUUUUUGA